CGCGAAACCCUCGUAAGUACAGGAGAAAGUGGGAGAACAAGAAAUAAAGCCUCAGAACUACACACAAUGUAUCAAAAACUAUCAGUUUCCCACACUCUUGUUUUUGAUGUUGGAUGUUGGAAGCGGCUUUAAAGAAGGUAGCGUUACUUCGAUCAAAUCGGAAUGGACGAUGACUCUGAUGCGUCGGAUGACAGUGCGGCCGUCGAUCGAACAAAUGAAAGGGAUGAGUCAUCUGACCUGAACUCAUCUAGUGAUGAGGAAGAACGAAACCGAGUGACGGAAAAGAAUGUUUUUGGCAGCGAUACCGACAGCGACGACGAUAUACAGCCCAAGAAACGACGCUUGAGGCCACCCCAGGAUAGUUCGGAAGAGUCAGGCCACAGAGAUGUUGGUGACUACAGUAAUUUUGAGCAACAUGAAACAGAUGACAAUUCAGUCACCUCACCUGUCCAAAAUUCUCUGGAGAAAAGCAGAUUGCAGAACAUUCCGUCAACUUCCAAUAGCCCUGAUGUCAAUGGUUCUCAGCAAGGCGACGCAAGUCAAUUGGAUGAAGAUACAUCACAGAUAGGCGAGGUAUUGGAUGAUAAUGAUGAAGACGAAGACCACGGAGAUGUUGCAGACGACGUGGAAGAGGAGUCAGCUCAGGAACCUGAUGAAACGAGAAUAUCCGUCGACUUUCCUCUCAUACGUGCUGAUUUGGGCAAAGAGGUACACUUGGUGAAAAUGCCUAACUUUUUGUCGGUGGAAACUCGCCCGUUCGAUCCAAACUUUUAUGAAGAUGAAUUAGAUGAAGAUGAAAUCCUGGACGAGGAGGGGCGAACACGCUUGAAACUGAAGGUAGAAAAUACAAUACGUUGGAGGAUUGAAAAAACGCCUGAUGGUGAAAUGGUACACGAGUCGAAUGCUCGUAUUGUUCGUUGGUCUGAUGGAUCUUUAUCAUUACAUUUGGGUGAUGAAAUUUUUGACAUACACAAAGUAGAUAUUCAAUCAGACUACAACUACUUAUUCAUACGAGAAGGUAGUGGUUUACAAGGUCAAACAAGUUUAAAAACUAAGUUGACAUUCAGACCACAUUCAACAGAUUCAUUUACCCAUCGUAAAAUCACAUUAUCUUUGGCGGACAAAACUAACAAAUUGCAAAAAGUCAAAAUUUUGCCUGUUACUGGUGCAGAUCCAGAAUCGAAUCGUAAUGCACUUGUGAGAAAGGAGGAGGAGAAAUUACGUGCCACAUUGAGACGGGAAAGUCAAUUGCGGCGUAUGCGUGAAAAGCAAGCAAUGUCAAGAAGUAGUUUUGGAAGUGAACGUAGACGUAGCUACGGAGAGGAUGAUGAUGAAGAUGAUGGCAAUACAACCUCCUUAAAUGCAUUGAAACGGAAUGCAAAAAAUGCGUUAUUGGCCGCUCGUAAAGAUGUUUCUGCAAUGUAUUCAACUGAUUCAGAAUCUUUAAGUGAUAUCUCAGAACCUCGUCAACGCAAAAAAGUCCGAGCGAAAAUAAGUGAUGAAGAAGAAAGUGACUGAACUAUGUAUAUCAUUUGUAUAUAAUUGUCUGUUUAAUAAGAAAAAGUAAUUUUUGUGAACUUCGAUUGGUUUUUCCUAUGUGAUUCAAUGUGUUGUUUUACUAACAAUAUUCAGUUCCCCUGAUUGAAGCCGGUAUGAAACUUAGGAAAUGUGUCAUCAUAAUGAUCAUACUUCCCAAGGAAAAUGAAUCUGUACAACAGCAGCAAAGUUGGGUUGGAGACUGGUCGAAAUAUUCAAUGUUUCAUGUGGGACCUGAUAAUAUUACUUAAAAAACAAAUAAAUACGGUAUGCACAAUUUGAGCAUACAUCGUCAAAAGAUUAAAUCGUGUAGAUGAGAAUUGACAAUUUUAAACUAUAAUUCAUUUACUUGCACUGACUCACCCUAACGAAGCGGAAGUCCAUAAGGAAUUCCAAGUUCUGAAACGCCACAAGACACCCGGCCGAAAAAAAUCACCGGCUCUUUUUAAGAAUGGAAGAACGACUGUAGUCAGGGAACUGACUACCUUGUUUGAGAAGGUAUGGCAGAUUGAGAGUGUUCCAUUACUCUGGAAUGUGUAUGAAAAAUACUAUGAAUGACAAAUUCAGUUUGUUUGUGUGUAUGCACUUUUGUUGUGAACAUUGUAUAUGAUAUACUGUUUUUGGAAAUACUGUCCAGGUUGUUGGUUGCAUAGUUAGGCCUUACUUUCUGCUGUUGGUGCGCAUUACGAUUCAACAUAAUGUGAUAUCCCUCAGCUAUUCUUCUUUUUUUGUAGUUUGAAAAACCUUUUUGAAUAACUUUAAUAGUUUUAAUACCGAUUUUCUAACUGUGAUAGAUGGUAUGAACGGCGAUUGCCGACUUGAUUUGUAAAUUCUCUAGUUCUCCAGAAUUAUUUGGCGUUCGUUUUGUGUAACUUGUUUUUUUUUUUAGCCCAAAUGUAGAUUUUUCGGGAUGAUUUCCCAAUGUUAUAGACAUCACAAUUGACACAGAUCAAUUUGUAAACACAAUAUUGUAUGGAGGUAAAAGAAAUUUUAUCUUUUAACUGGACUACAGCAUUUCUGAGAGUAUUGUUUUUCUUUUAGAAGGCUCUAAUUCUGUGAGAUUCCGUAAGACCCUUUGUAGCUCUUUAGUAGCUCUUUAGCGAAUAGUUACUCAACGAUGACAUUGGAUGUAGGUCGAGCUAUAUCGUAAACUGGCAGAAGUAGGAAAUGUGUACCAUUUGAUUCUGACCCAGUGGCUUAAUGAUAACGUGCUGGCCAUGGAACCUGAAAGCCCUGGGUCUGAUCCCUGGCGUAGUGUGGUCAUGGGUACGCACUGCUCAGGAGUCCCAUACUAGGACUAAGUGGCUGUUCAGUGGUCUCAGGUUUCCAAUGUUCUUUCAACUGAUGUCAGUCCAUGAUGGAUUCCACCCUCAAAACUUUUCUGUCAAUUUGUCAUUUGAAAAUAUCCUUUUAGUGUCUUUAACCAAUAGUCGUUCAUAACUAAUGAACAAAGGCUGUAGAAAUUUAGGUGUAAUUUAUUUCAUGCACUCUUUCGGUAGUUACGCCUACAGGGGUGUACCUUCCUUUCUACUUUCCAAUGUGA